AGCCCCAGUGCGCCCAUAUCCAGCUGUGAGCUCAAUAAAAACACCCGACGGUGCCUAUCAGCAACGCCUGGCCACACACCUGUCCUGCCGUCUCUACCAGACCUGUGAUCAUGCUGUUCUCUUGUCAGGUGGCUGGCAGGAGCAGAUAACAUACCAGCGGCAUGCGCAGAACCUGCAGCUCUUCUACCAGAUGCUGAGGAACAACGGCUUCCAUAAAGACCACAUAAAGACAUUCUUUGCUGGGAACGGACAGGUAGCAGAGACCGAGGGGAUGUAUCCAGCCACAGAGAAAGAGGUGAUCAGGAAUCACAUUUCCUACAUCUGCCGAAAGCAGCACUGUGUGGAUUCUCUGGUUCUGUACUUGAACAGCCCCACACGCAAUGACGGCACCAUGCUGCUUUGGGACCGCAAUAACAACGGCAUUGCAGAUCUGAAGGAGCGUUACUCUGUGGGGGAACUGUUGUCGGAUCUGGCUGGGUGCAGGGCCAGUCGGGUGCUGCUCUUUGUGGAGCAGAGCUACAGUGGGGCCCUCAGCAAGAGACUGAUGGGAUCUCUCAAACACGUCAAUGUGGUGCUGCUGAACGGGCUGCCCUGGGUGCACACAGCUGAGUUCUGGGCCUCUCUGCAAUCAUCUGACUGCCUCAUAGACCACCGCAGUAAGAGUUCUAUGACGCCCCGAUUGGGUGAUGCUGCUCUGGGUCUGCUGAACGUGACUUUGGCCGGUGCUCCGUGUAACUCCACCCCACCCCUCACCGAGGCCGAGAUGAGGAAGGAGUACAUGGGCUGCCAGAACCUGCCCACAGCUCUGUGGUACCGAAAACGGCCCAAGACCGACAACAGCAGGAAUUGAAACUGACUGCUUCCAGAAUGACUAGAGCCAACUGUUUCCAAUACGUAAUUCGGACACUCCAGUGGAGUACUUCCGCGGAAAACAAGUACCAACGAGUAGUCCUAGAAGUAUGAUUUUGUAUAAUGCACAAACAUCAAAUCCAUGACCAGCCCUUUCCUCUCACAAACACACACAAAAUGAUCUACCUGUGUGUGCGCACUUAAUUCACCCUAUGAUGCACAUAGACCCUGACAAGCUGUGGAGGAACGGAGACUACAUAUAGUGCUCGUUUAAGUAGAGGCGGUAAUGCAGGACAGAGAGAGAAAGCGUCUGACAUGUCCUCACUAUGAACCUCAGUUCCCCUGCUUGCUGCUCCGUAGAAGGCGUCCCGUGGGGAGCAUCCCAUGCGAACUUCUCCUCUCUCCGCCUGCCGCGGGGGUUCAGCGCAGGGGCAUCCGCGCUCCUUUACCAGAGUGCUCUUCCGUGGGUCAUCGCACAGGGCGCGCCUGGAACUGAACAAUGGUGACAAGGCCACUCUGAAACACACCUCACACUCACUUGAACAUUUCAGGACAAAUCUCCUUGUCCCUCCUUCAGCUCAAUAAGGGACAGGGCGGUCCAGCAUGAUUUAGUAAUGAGAAAUGUUCCCUCACCACGUCUGGACCCUAGCAGACACUGGGCUCUGCAAGCAUGUAUUUAAGUCAGACCUCUUUUCCACGCUGAACUAACCACUCUGUCCGCAGUAUUCCCUUAUCACCGCAAACAUUUAAACGCCAACCACUGAUAAUGUUGACAGUGACGAGAAGGUAUUUCAGGCUCCAUGCCAGCUCCUGUGGGAAUUCAUACACAUUCUUCAGAAAUGACAUACAGUGGGACGACAUUUUUCUGCAGUGCAUCUACUCUGUCAGAAACAGACUAAAAUUCAAAAGUUUGGGGUCGAUAAGAUUUUUUAAAUGUUUCUGAAAGAAGUCUCUUGUGCUUGACAAGGCUACAUUUAUUUGAUCAAACACAGUAAAAAUGGUUAAAUUGUUAAAUAUUAUUACAAUUUAAAAAUAAGCAUUUUGUUUUUCAAUACAUUUUAAUCUUUUUGAAUUUAUUUUUAUCCUUCAGAGAUCAUUCUAAUAUGCUGAUUUGGUGCUCAAGAAACAUUUCUUCUUAUUAUUAAUGUUGAGAACAGUUUAUUCAGAAUUCUUUGACAAAUAGAACAGCAUUGAUCUGAAAUAUAAAUCUUUUGUCACAUUAUAAAUGCCUCUUAUUGUCACUUUUGAUCAAUAUAGUGUAUCCUUACUGGAAAAAAAACCUUACUGACCCCAAACUUUUUAACUGACUCCCUCAUGGAUGAUAAUUCCUUCCUGCUUUUCCCAUUAUAUUGAUGUGAGUGGGUCAAAGCCCCAUCAAACCUCAGUGCAUUCUAGUCAGUCAUUAACUCUACGUCUAAGCCUAAAUCAUUACAGAUAAAUAUCUGUUUUUGUAUAGUUAUGUGUUAUCCUGUAAAUAUUUCUGUCAUGUUGUACUUAAUGAAUGAAUUUUAAUGUCAAUUGUCUUAAAGGAAUAUACAUGUCCUUGUUUGUGUUAAACUGUAGCUGGAGUGAAAAGAUGUAAAUACUCUAAAUAAAUUAACUUUUGUACAUA